AAUAAGUAAUAGAAAAAUAUGGCAAACGAAACUUAAAUAGAAAUUGAAGUCUUUGAGCCUUAAUAUAAAGCUUCUUUAGCAAUUGAUGAAUCCGUAACUGUAAAUGAAAUAUUAGAUUUUACUAAGCAAACGUAUCCAGAGUAAGAUUUAUAUUUAAAUUUAGAUAAUUUGAUGGAGUGGAAAUGAAUUCAAUCUCUAUUAAGAUUAGUGGAACAAAUCAAAUUAUUCAACCAUCAGAUAGAUCACUUAAGGAUAUGUUAAAUAAUUAAAAAUAAGCAAAAUUGAUAUUAUCAAAGGGAACCCCAUAAUAACCAAGUCUUAAUUUUCCAUAAUCAAACAGUAUAGAUCGACCAUUUUCUGGUUAAAUACCAUAGUAAAUUAUGGGAGGAACCAACUAUUAACCUUAACAAUAGUUUUAAGGCUACCCAUAACCUAAUAAUAUUCAAUAAAAUAUAACUCAUUAUCAACAACCUAAUGCUUUUUCAUCAAAUAAUUAUCAACAACCUAAUAAUUAUCAACAACCUAGUAAUUAUCAACAACCUAAUAAUUAUCAACAACCUAAUAAUUAUCAACAACCUAAUAAUUAUCAACAACCUAAUAAUUAUCAACAACCUAACCCACCUCAAAAUAAUAAUUUUAUGUAAACCAAUAAUUUCUCAAAAAAUAAUGUAAAUUAAACAUAAGUAAAUAACCAAUAAUAAGGAGUCAUGUAUAGAAUUAAAUAUUAAAAUUAGUUCUCUAAAGUUUAAAGAUCUGACUGGUUAGACUAAUGAAAUGUAAUUGGAUGAUAUUACCUUAAUCAAAGAGUUGAUUUAAUAUUUAGUAGAAUAAUUUAAAAUCAAUAUUUAGUAAUAUAUUUUUAACCCUUAGAUAAUUACAUCUCUAUGUAGGCCAAAUUAAUUUAUCAUUGAAAAACUAAGAUUUGACAAUUAAAUAAUUAGGAAUUUAGAACCAUGAUUUAUUAGAAUGGAAACCUAGUAGCUUAGCUUAUAACAAUUUAAAUCACUAAACAAUAAUCAACAAUCAAAAUUAAUAAAAUAUGUAGUUUAUAAUAUUUAAAUUAGACCUUCUUUGUAACAAUUUUAUGGUCAACCAGUAAUGACAACUAAUACAAAUAAUUAUUAAGCUUAAAAUUAAUCAGGAAAUAUUCAACCCUAAUAAUAAUAAUAAUAAUAAUAAUAAUUUGUAAACCAAACUUAAUAGAAUAGAAUGCAACCAAAUAGUCCAGGAUAUUAAUAAGGUUAAUAAUUUGCAAAUAAUAAUGGUUUGUAAUAAUAAACUUAACCUCCUUACUAAAAUUAAUAAAGUAAUCCUGGGUUUUAAGAUCAAUAAUUAUAGCAAUAAUAGAAUUCUUCUUAACAAUUAGGAAAGAUGGUGACUAUUAACUUUGAGAUUUUGGAUGGUAGUAUCAAAAGACAAUUUUCAACAUUAACAAGUACAAGCUCUACUUUGGAAGAGAUUUUGGAAGCAGUUUAUUAAUAUUUAGGAAUUUCAAGGUAAAAAUUAUAAUCUAUAUUUAAAGAGAUGUUGCUGCUGUUGAUCUUUUAGUAGGUGGUGUUUAAUUUGGAGGAUAAAAACUAUUGAAUUCUUUGGAACGUCUUUAAAUGACAAAAGACCAAUAAACUUUGCAAGUAAAAUUAAGAUGGAUAGGAGGAUGAGAGAA